GAUGAUUUUCCUCGUGUUUUGGUUUCUCAUUUUAUUACUUAUUUUCUUGGCGGUCACUGGAAAAACUCUCGGACUUCGCGAGUAUUAUGUCAACACUUUGGUUUAUAUCUUUGAGUGGGGAGCUACUCUGAACGAGCAAUAUGAGGAGGAAGAAGGUUCCGUCGAAGAAGAUAUGCCCGAAGAUUUUCAACACAAGAAACCAAGGCGAUCAUCAUCUGCGUCAGAUCUCGGUAUCAUAAAUCGCGAGAAAUCUGACAUCAUCGACGCGAAAUUGCAUGAGACCAAUGUACCGGAAGCAAAACAAACAACUGUCAGUGUACUUGUUGAUGACACUCUUGAUUUCAUUACGGCUGGCAUGGAAGCAGUCAUCGAGGAUCAAGUAACCAACAGAUUUUCAGCAGCACAGCUUCCGUCAUGGAAUUUAUUGAGUCGUACCAAAUACUCAUUUCAUUUUUUCAACUGGCAACUAACAUUGCUAUGGAUCGCCGGAUUCAUGUUUCGAUACUACGUAUUGGUUCCCUGCAGGAUUGCACUUUUUGGUAUUGCUAUUGUGCUCAUGAUUGUUUCAACUUCCAUCAUCGGAUUAGUUCCAAAUGCAAAAGUGCGUAAGUUCCUGAACAGAAGAUGCAUGCUCAUGUGCAUGAGAAUUUACUCCCGAGCAUUCUCCAGUGUCAUUCGUUUCCACGACAAAGAAAAUCGUGCUAACAAAGGUGGAAUCUGUGUUGCCAAUCACACUUCCCCCAUUGACGUGAUGGUCCUUUCGUGUGAUAAUUGCUACGCUAUGAUUGGUCAGAAGCAAGCUGGAUUCCUUGGGUUUUUGCAAACUACCCUCAGCCGUUCAGAACAUCACAUUUGGUUUGAGAGAGGAGAAGCUGGAGAUAGAGCAAAAGUAAUGGACAGAAUGCGAGAACACGUGAACGAUGAGAACAAGCUCCCAAUCAUUAUCUUUCCCGAAGGAACUUGUAUCAAUAACACAUCCGUAAUGAUGUUCAAGAAAGGAUCAUUCGAAAUUGGAUCAACAAUUUAUCCCAUCGCAGUUAAGUACGAUACUCGACUUACUGAUGCUUUCUGGAACAGCAGUGCCCAGUCGUAUGGUAGAUAUCUGUGGAGUAUGAUGACAUCAUGGGCAAUUAUCUGCGACGUAUGGUACUUACCAGCAAUGACCAGAGGUGAAAACGAAGAUUCUAUCUCGUUUGCAAAAAGAGUGAAAAGAGCGAUUGCGAAGAAAGGAGGCCUAAUCGACUUGGAAUGGGAUGGAGCAUUGAAGAGAGAAAGGGUGUCGAGUAAGCUUGUGACACUCCAGCAAAAACUGUAUUUUGAACGAUUAGCUCGGACAACUACUCUGAACGCCAUGUUGGAAGAAAAAAGCAGCGACAUUUUAAACAUCAUGCAAGGAAUCUCUGAAGAAGAGCGAGAUGAAUUGCUCAAGCAAAUUGACGAGCAAGACGACGAAGAAGAAAUGAUCCGAAAGAUCUCAUCGUUGAAACCAAAAUUUAAAAUUGGUGACCACGACGCUGACGAGCACAUUAAGUCUGACUAAACGAGUAUUUUUUUUUUAGUUUUUUGAUGUACAAAACUAGCCAAUUUUUUGUAUCAGAUCUUUUAUUGAUUGUUUACGUUUGAACGGUUCCAUUUGCCAAAUGAAAAUGCCAUUUUCGAAUACGAAUACUUGAUUUAUUUUUAAUAAA